AGAGAGAGAGAGAACCUAUCCAUGGAGAAGCUGGCAACUCUUUACCUUGCUUCUCUACUCUUAGCCAUGGCUAUGAGCCCACUACCACCCAGUGCGGCGGUUACGCCAGUCCCGGGCACAAUUCAGAGGGUCACGAAGCAACAGAUCGUCGCAAGCAUACCUCCCACCCCAUACUCCACUUCCACAGUGUUAACGUCGCCAGGAGUUGCUCAUGUCUUCGUAACCUCCCCUUCCGGGGAGUACCAUGCCCUCCUGAUUCGAACCCAGACGGCCAUCGGUGCGGGAGGCUUUGGCAGCGACUUCUGCUACAUGCAGAUUGAGCAUGGUGGGCAGAGUGUCUGGGAGUCGGAGUGCACUCCUGUCAGUACAUCCAAUGCCUGCAGCCUUGUUUUCUCAGACGCCGGUCUCGAGAUCUAUGAUGGCUCCAUGUCGGCCUGGGACACAGGCGCCGAAGGGAACCACAUUGAGACACUGGUACUGCUCGAUGAUGGAAACAUGCAGAUAAGGGACAAAGAUGGGGAGCUGAACUGGAAGGCUAGCGACGAUAUACGCAAUAACCAACACUGUGGUUCGGUGGGGGCGCCUGGGCAGGUUUCUGCGCAUCCUCCUUUUGCAACUCCCAUAUCGUCAGGAUUGCCUUUUGGCCAGCAGCCACUUCAUCCACAACCUGCUGGUGGAGCUGCAGUGCCCCUUACUCAGGAGGAGCCACUUGCACCACCACAGGAGCCCUUGACACCACAUGAGCCCGAGCCCCUAGCACCUCAACCGGAACCCCUGGCAUCACAGCAACCACUACAGCCUGUGGCACCACAACAACCUCUGACAACACAAGAAGCUCUGCCUCAACAGGGGCCCCUGACUCAACAGCAGCCGUUGCAUCCGCAGCCUCUGAUUAAUCAACAACCGUUCUCGUUCUCUGGCACAGCCCAACAGCCGCCCUUCUCGACUAGCCAGCCGCUGGUUGAUAACACGCCAUUCGAUAGUGGGGCAGAGAUUGGAUCAGCUUCAACAGUUGUCUUGAUGAUCUUAGGGGUGGUGGCCAUGGCUGUAAUCUGAUAGCUGGAUGGUUUGGGAGACCCUCUUUCAAAUUUGU